CCAGUUCCACAAUGUCCUCUUCUACAACCUCUUCUCAUGCCUCCUUAAUUUUUUCUCCUAGCCACGACCAGCCUCUUCUUAUUGGUACCACAUCUGCGGCCUGCACACUUCAAAACAAGACUAUCUCUGCUCCAUCUUUUCCUUCGGCCAGUCCUCCCCAUACCCCGCAGGCACAAAGCAGCUCUGCUGCUUCUGCCUCAGAUCACAGCCCAACCUCUGCCAUCCAUCACCAGACCGCAAACUCCGGCCCCUCUUCAUCCUGCAGCUCACCCGACAGCCCCCCAGGCUCUCCACAGUCAGUCUCUUCUUCGAAUGAGCCUACUUCCACAGUCACUAAGAGUCCUUCUCCCGUUGUGAAUAUUCGUCCUAUGCAAGUCCAGAAUUUUUAAACCCAAAACAAUUUUUACCUUAAGCACAGUUGUUCACACACCUGAUCCCACAUAUUUUUCUGUUGCAAAUAAACAUCUUGAGUGGAGAGCUGCUAUGGCAGAAGAAUUUAAUGCCCUUAUCUCUAAUCAUACUUGGGAUUUAAUUCCAUUUGAUGCCAAUAAGAAUGUGGUUAGGUCUAAAUGGAUUUAUAAGACUAAAUAUCUGGCUGAUGGGUCUGUUGAUAAUUAUAAAGCUCGCUUGGUUGCACAGGGGUUUAAUCAGCAGGCAGGAUUUGGGGGAUUUGCAUUUUUUUGGGCAUUCAUGCGACUCGGACUCCUUCUGGGGUUAUUUCUUUCCCAGCAUAAGUAUAUAUUUGAUCUACUUCUUCGUUUUCACUUCCAUACGUUGAAAUCUAUCCGCUCUCCUCUUCCGAGUCGCACCAAACUCUCCUUUACUGAUGGAGAGCUUCUUGCAGAUGCCACGGAGUACAAGAGUAUGGUAGGUGCAUUACAGUAUUUAACUUUGACUAGACCAAAUAUUACUUUUGUUGUACACUUGGUUUCUCAAUUUAUGCAUGCCCUCUCUGUACUUCACAUAUGUUGGUUGUUAAGCGUAUUUUCAGGUAUCUACAGGGCACUUCCACGCAUGGACUUCUCCUCCAGGCUUCUCGUGUUCGUCCAGCUCUUAUCUCUUAUUCAGACGCCGACUGGGCUGGCUGCCCUGACACUGGUCGUUCUACCUCAGGCUAUGUUAUUUUCCUAGGGCCUAAUCUGAUUUCUUGGCGUUCCAAGAAGCAGCCUACUGUUUCCAGAUUUUCCACUGAGGCUGAAUAUCGAGCCGUUGCAUGCAUUUACUGUUCAAGAUACUAUUCAUGUUCGCUCGGUGUUAUUUGAGUUGGGCUUUCCCGUUUGUGACCCGACUUUGCUUUACUGUGACAAUGUUUCAGCAUCAUAUCUCUCAGUUAAUCCGAUUCCUCAUGCUCGCAGUAAGCAUAUUAAUAUAGACUAUCAUUUUGUUCGUGAACGAGUGGCUCAUGGAGAUCUGCGUGUGAAAUAUGUUCCUACUCAGGCUCAGCAGGCAGAUAUUUUUACUAAGUGUUUAUCUCCUCAACGGUUUGUUCUUCUUCGUGACAAUCUGCGCAUUGUUUCCCCUGCACAGCUUGAGGGGGUGCAAUAGAGUAUAUUUUAUAUUUAUUUAUUAUUAGGGACUCCUAUUGUAAUUAUGACAUUUAUUCUACUCCGUAUUAUAUAUAUAUAU